AUGGCUGCAAGCGCAAGGUUCUGGCAGUGGUUCCUCCUGCUGUUCCCCCAGAUCGUGUUGUUCGCCUUUACCCUCGGGCGAUCCCCAGUGGACCUCGUUAGCCCUUGGAUCUACACGGCUGAUGGAGACGGCGCCGAUGACGACGGCGUCGUGAGCCUGAUGCAGACGAGCGUCCAGAAGACGAGCGAACUCUCGGGAGCAGACGAAGGCGACACCGUGUGCAGCACGGCCUCCACGCGACUGACCACGGCCGUGGUGGGGGCCGCCGGCUUCGGGGCCCUGCGUCUGGGCGCCGGCCAGUUCAUGAUUCUCGGGCUCUAG